GCUGCGGUACACCCAGUGACUCCUGAUUCUCAGUCAACUUACUUUAAGUAGCGGUAAAAUCUGAUUUAUCUUCAAUUUACGUAUCUAGCUCGCUGUAUCUGACUGCUGUCAAAUACAGACAACAGUUCACGGCGAUUAACGGCGCAAGUGGACAGAUACGAAAGCGGAAGAACUUUCUGUUUAGCAUAGUGCAGCGGCUAAAGUAGUUAGCUUGGCAAGUAGCAGUGAGAGCGUUAGCAGCUAGCAGGCUAGCUCGCUCCCUCCUCUGCUGUCAUGCCUGGAGCUCCUCGAGAUUUCACUGCGUAAACGAGAACACCUCGCAGUUAGCUUGCUAGCUUUCACGCGUCCAGCAGCAGUUUGUACCCACACUGAGACGGGGCGGACUGUACUUGGACAGGUGACAGGUCUGAACUAACGCACAGCGGAGGCUUGUGCUUUGCUACGGGGACUUGGCUCUUCAGCCGGCUGGAUAUAUCUCACUCACAGCGCCUGGACUUCCCGGUGAGAUGAGGGACAGCUUGAAUUACUGAGCCUCUGCGAAAUGGUCGUGGAGCCGUAACACUGCCAAAGCUUUAAAUAUAAGACAUCUCAACCCAGCUGACAAGGAGUGUCAACCUUUCUCUUUGCCAAAAAGACAUUCGUCCAGACUGCAGACAUGCUGACAGACAACAGUCUCUCCCUCUCUCCCCUUCACCCUGCAUCAUUUAUGUCACACACCCUCUCGGUUUCUUCCAUUUUUGCUAUUUCUGAUUUGCACAGGAAACGACACCAUAGUUGUGACAGCGAGGAAGACCAACAGCUGAGACCACAGGCCAAGAGGUCAGGAGGGGAUCCCAGCCUGCUAGUGUCCGAUUUGGACUCAGAGUCUUCCAGCAGUGACAGCAGCAAUGGGAUCAGUAGUCCAGAGAGAGCAAUAGUGGCCACGGCCAGGCCAUGCAUACACAGCCAGAACAACUGCAUCACCCAGCACACCCUCAGCCCAAAGCCUGAAGACUCCGCCAGCUCCUUGCAGCAUGGUUUCCAUGGUGACGGGAGAAGUGUCUCUUACGACUACAUCAACAGAGUCCUGAGGGAGGCGCACUUCAGCAGUCUGCAGACCAGAGGGCGUCCAGGCUCGACAUGACCGUGACCUCUGACCCCUCUCCUGACCUUUUAGUCCCUCACCCAUCGGUGCCGGUGCUUCUGGCGCGAUGGCUCCUCCUGAAAGCCUCAAGCGACACACUCGGGUCAGGGGUAAGGGGAUGACAUGUGGGGAGGUUUACAGAUUUUGGGCACAACGGCUCAUCCCCACCUAACAUGUACCAUUUGUCAAGACCAUAAGCACAUCCGCCUUUCCAUGGCCCAGCCACUGUGGUUUUUUUGUGCAGUAUUGAUAUGUGUGUGUGUGUGUGUGUGUGCACGCACCCUGUGCACUUUAUAAAGAGGUAUCACUCUCUUUACAUGCGUGCGUUGAUGCGUGGACAUUUUCAUUGGUGCUAAUCACAAGAAAAGUGUGAUGAUGAUGAUCCAAAGUGCUUGCAAAACUAAAUAAAGCUAAGCACUUUACUCAAUAAUUCCUUCUGUUUACUCUCGACUGGAGAAGUCAGUCGCAUGUUUGCAUCCGUGAGGAGGAAGUUGUAGUGAUCCCGUUCCAAAAGUAAGACGUCGGAGGCCAACGGACUCACUCCUAAGGAGCAUUAUUAAAACAAUCCAGUUUAAGAACAUUUUAGGCCUUAUUUGCUUUCUCUAGCCAAAGUCAUAAAGUUAGCAAACACUGCUCUUUGCAGUUAUUUUCACUGUCGAAAUGAAUCUUAAAAAGUCCAGUUGUGGGCAGGUCAGUGGGUUCACAGUAAUGGAGCAGUUUCUCCAUGAGCCUCGCCACCAAAAUCCAACCUUAGCUUCGACCCGGGUUAAUUAUAGAGACGUGAGCAGGCGCUGGAGUCUGCAGCUCAGGCAGCCGUACGCUCAGCACAGUCCUGACAAAGACGAGCCCUCAAAAAGGGUCUCCAAAAUGUUUUAGAACCGGGUGUUUACUUCUGUAACAUUUUCCACAUUGUGUAUCUGUGUGUCAGCCAUACUUGUUUAUGGAUGGUUUAAUACGACCAGUACACUGUGUUGCAAAAUAAAACGAGAUGUGAAAGUGAUUCAUUUGUUAUGUAACUUUACGAAUCAUUUGACAUUGAAAUAAAGUGUUGCUAAAAGUGAA